ACUCGCGUGGUACCUCGCUUGUGCAGCGCGCGUUUCAAUUUAAUACCGUCUACUCGACUUGACCUAUCGGUGAACGAGCCCGGAAUUAUUAUACACGUACUAAAAGUGCUAAUUGCAAAAGAGAACGCGUCGUCAUGGGUACCGUGUGUUGUGCUCCGCGAGUGUAGAGUGCGGAUUGCGCGCAACGGUCAAGGAAGAUACAGAAAGGGGUAUAGGCAAGCGACAGAGGAAAGACUGAGGAUACAGGACAGGAGUGGUGUGGGCUAGACCGCGAGGCGAAGUCUCAUUGUGGAGGAACUCGAGGGAGAAACGAAGCCGAAGGGACGGGAAAGAUAAAGGCGCACGGAGAGACGAUAAUGCGGAGCAGUUGCUUCCGUCUUCAGCGACAGGACGACGUUGGGAUCCGCUCCUAAUCGAGUGAGAAGAUUUUUGACAGUCAGAAAUGAUGCGAAGAAAAACGUUUACUUUCGUAUUAGGAAUAUGCAUAGGCACUUUGCUGCUAUUCUUCGACAAUACGGUGGCCGAAGUUACAGAAGCGUCGAUUGCAUCAGAGAAUUCUGAGUCCCAAAAAACGUCGACUCCCCAAGGAUCAACGACGAUCCUAACGAAAGUCUUCUCGAUCCAUCACAAUCAAUCGUUUACAGAAAAUGAUGGAAAGAAUAUCGAAUCGACGAAUCGAAAAGCCCAUGACACGGAAAAUAGAUCGUACGACAGUAUCGAUAGCGUAAAUCAGGAUGAAGAAAAAAACAUACACGUAAAUUCAAACGCGGAAAAAACAAAUGACGAAUCUGAAAAUUCAUCGUCGGAUGGAAGCAGAAAGCCGAGGUACGGAGAAAUUGCUGUUGAAAGCACCGGGAAAAGCACUAGUACGAAAGUCGUCUCCGACGAUCUUCUCAGACUUUCCCGAAAGAAUGAACUGACUGCGGCGACCGCGAAAUCAGCUUUCGAUGAUUCGAAACAGGACAGUAAAAAUCUAGAGAACGUCUCUCUUCAAGAAUCCUUGAAUCAUGAAAAAAUAUCCGAUGCGACCAAAACUAUAUCUCCAAAUGCAAAAGAAACAAUUGUCAACGAGAAAUUAGUGGAGACAUCAGAAUCCAAAGAGGUAAGGAAGGAGUCUUCCGUCAAGGAUGAAGAGAAGAAUAACGUAACUAUAGAUAAACAAGACAUACCGACCAUUAAGUCUAUCGGGAAUUUCUUUUCCACGACCUCGGAAUCGACAUUUGAAGAUGCUGUCAGAUCCGACGAAAAGAAAGACAAAAUGAUAAAACUUGAUCAUAAGGAAGUGGAUACGAAGAAGGAUAAAAAUACAAUUUCAACUGACUUGAAGGAGGAAGUAGAGGAUUAUGAUCGGGAAUUAACCACGGUGCGCGGUGAAAAGUCCUUAGAAUAUAAAAAAAGUGUGAACGAUCUAAGAACGACAGCAUCCGAAGUGUUCGAUCUCGAGAAGACUGAUGAGAAGGAACACGAAGAAAGCGUUUCAUUAGUUAAUGAUACGUACGUGAAUUUCAAUAAUUUUUACAAGACUGUGACGGAAAGAGAUCUCAAAACUAGCUCGAGAAAUCAUUCGGUUGACGCGAAUGAAUCGCGUAAGAAAGAUGAUCCGAAGAAAGAAGUAGAGAUCGUUAAGGACGUGACUGACCCAUUAGUACUAAGGAUUGUGACUGCGAACGAUACUGCGAAGAACGAUACUCACAUUAAUGAACUGAGUAAUCAGGAAAGAGCUUAUGAUAAGAAGAAAGGAGAGACUAGCGCGAAAGAUGAAAAUACUCCUGAACAAAGCGUAGACUUCUCCAUAACUACUUCUAAUACAACUACUAAGAGGACAGAUAGAAUAGAAGAAUGGAAAUCAAUAGGGGAACCUGAGAGUCAGGUGAAGUUACCUGAAACAACUCAAAGUGUGCGACUUGAAGAACGUACAUCAUCCGUCCCAGAGACUACUCCUAGUCUAGUUCCGCAAGGCAGAACUAUCGGAUUUUCUGGAGCUAACAAGUUUCCGAAUAACGAGGUGAAAACUACAGCCUCAAUGAGGACUGAUGGGGAAAUAUUGGUCACUCAGAGUUUGCAAAAUAGUACGGAAAAAGUAAAUUCAAAACCUUAUCCGUACUUAAAAUCUAGCAGAGGACCAUUCCAGAGGCCGGUGACAGAGGCCAGUUUGAAAUUGAAAAAGGAAGACGAUGUUACGGAAGAAUCUUCUGCUUACGAGAAUACGAUCGGUAGAGGCGAAUCCGAGAAGAAGCUCGUUGUCACAGAACCUUCGGUUGUAAUCGAGAAUAGCAUUCAACAGCACAAUUCGAACAAAAAAAACGAGUCUACGAAUUCUACGACAAAGAGCCUGUCCUCUUUGAAGCCAGUGACGGCGAUCCCGAGUGUUUCAGCUAAAGUUGAACCAAUGAACGAAACUUUUCCGGAAGGAUUUAACGGCAGCACAAAAGCCACGGAAAUAAAACACUCGAAGUCAAACGAGAGUGACACGUCAGGUACGAGAGAGGAGGAGAAAGUGAUUGUAGGCAGAGACGAAGGCUACGACGUGACUGGAAAUGGAAUAACGGAAAUAAGCCUGACUCCGGAUGGUCAGCAAGUGAAAUCACGUUUCAGCGGAACGACGGAAUCAGCAACGUUGCGUUCCACGGAAACACAUACAUCUAAGACGGUGUCUUUAAGUACCGAUGUUCAGAUGGAACCGGAAGAAGCAAUGAUGAUUCGUUCAACUUUUGUCGUUACUGAAUCCACGAGUGUCGUUCCUUUGAACGAGGAUGCGACGACAGAAGCAAACAGGUCCAAAACUUUAAUGACGGCAGUGGAAGUUAACACUAUCGCCACAGUGCUCUCGGAAAAUUCUACUAAAUCUGCAUCGAACGUCACGCUGCGACCUUCUUUGAGUGUUAAUCACACUACCGAAUCUCCUUCCUUUAUCACUUUAAAUCCUGACGAAUCCCCAAUUCCGACGACUACGUCCGUCGAAUUCGAGUUUGUUACUCUUACCGAGCCGAUCUCUCCGGGAAAUAACGCGACCGAGAAGAGUGUUGAAGGACAAACCUUCGAGGAACAAACAAUACCUUCUAGGACAACGACAAUUCAAAAUUCAUCCGCGAUGGAUAAUUCGACGGAGAACGCAAUCACCGCGAUGAAACCGGAGGAAUUUACUGAACUUCCAGUAACAACCGAAGACGGAACUCCAACGACGGAUCAAAUGUCGGAUAUGCACCACAACGGAACUACCAGAGGUCCUACAGUUAUUCAGAUUACUACUGAAAGUCAGAAUAAUCUAACGGAGAGGAACGAAGUUACUGUAAGCGGUAUCGAUUUCACCAGUGCCGCUCCCGGUAAUGUCACGAGAGCUUCCGGCGUUACCGAGGAUCCUUCAAAAUCUAAGGAUUCAAGUUUUGAUGCGAACAUCACCGAGACGUCCGCCCCAGGCGCAACGGAACUUCCACCGAAUACGAGUGUCAGGAUAACGAUGAAUGUCACUAAACGUCCUUCGGUUACGAGUACUUUGGAGCCAAUAAUAUUCUGGAGUACAAUGAGUUACACGGAAUCACCCGAAGAAGAGAUAACGGAAAACAUUCCAACUCCGUCGCCAGACGAGGUCACGUUACUAGUUAAAAUAAUCAUCGAAGGUACCUUACACGAGGUCUGUCCUCGGUUAUCGGAUCUAAGGAAAGCGCUCGCGGAUGUCCUCAGAGAUGGACUGAACAAACCUGUACAGCCACAACAAAUUAUGAUUCAUCAAAACCCUUGCCAGGAGCAGAACGCGUUACCGACACCCACAGACGUUUCUCUAAUCUCCAUCCUGAUUUACGUUAUCGAUGAGAACGGCAAGUUCGACGCCGCUAUGACAAAGAUUCUACCAAGUUUAUACAAGGUGUCUCCCAACUUCCCAGUGAGAAUACAUAAAUUUGUCCUGGUAUCGGAAACGGAUUCCGGAAACGCAAUAGCAGUCGUCGUGGUCUCCUCUGUAGCCUUUAUCUGCUUGCUUCUUUUAGCUGGCCUCCUGUUCAUAAUGAGAAAGAGGCAAACGAGGUUCAAUUACGGAGAACGGUGCCGGCCAGUAUCCUUGGACGCCUACAGCCUCGACAGCGUUUCGGCGUACAAUAGCGUAAGACGCAAAGGCGCGGUAAGAUCCUCCAAGAGAAGUUACGGCAAUCCGACUUUUGAAGAUUCGAGCGCCAUUCCCUCCCAUCCUCUCAACUUUGCCGGGCUUUCAUCUUUCUGUAACGACGUUAACGCAAUCAACGAGGAGUUCGCGGGCGUACCCCAGGUUUCAGCGAAGAUAGACGAGCUGCCCCCAGGCGCGGAGGUGAAGAAUAGAUACGCGAACGUGAUUCCGCUUCCAGAGACGAGGGUGCCGUUACAGAGACUGAACAAUGACGCCUUAACCGAAUACAUUAAUGCUAGCUAUGUGCGGGGACCUAAAAAUGCUACAAAGUAUUAUAUCGCAUGCCAAGCGCCAAUAGAAUCGACUGUUAUUGACUUUUGGCGAAUGAUUUGGGAGCAGCAGUCCAAAGUAAUCAUCAUGCUGACUGAUCUUGUUGAGAAUGAAGUAGAGAAGUGUACGGAGUACAUUCCACCUUCAGAGAUAACAGACUGUCAUCGCCUUUAUGGUGAUUUCCAAGUUACUCUGAAAAAGCGAGAAACCAAGGAGAAGUACGCUAUCUCUACACUUCACCUGAAGAACCUGGAGAACAAUACGUUUCGAGAGGUAUUCCACAUCUGGUAUCUAUGGCCAGUGAGUGGCGUCCAAUCAGACGGUACAGGCCUAAUAGCGGUGCUUCUCGAGGCGAGAGCACUCCAGAGAGGUGGUCCCGGGCCCAUCGUGGUCCAUUGUAGUCCUGGCACAGGACGUACUGGUACGCUAAUAGCCCUCGACCUAGGAAUUAGACAAUAUGAAAUUACGAGGACCGUGGAUGUGCCGAGAGUCGUUUACACUAUCAGGAGAGAUCGGGCUGGCGCAGUUCAAACCAAGGAACAGUAUGCUUUCAUAUACAAGGCACUAAACUUGUACGCGACAAAACUAGCCGGCGGUGUGCUAGAAUCAACAUGAAGUAAAAAUUCUGAAGAUUUGCGAAAAAACGGACGUCAAUUCACGAGAACUAUUUGGUUAGCGAACCAAAGUAAACAAUAGAAUGUACAUGAAAUCAGAAGGAACCUUUAUCCAAAAAGGUACGGAUGGAUGAGCAGGUUGUUGACUGAAGAAAAUAAACUACGAAGUUGCCAAAUGUCUGAUUUAAGAAGAUAUUCUAAUAUCCUUAAGAAGAGAGAGAGGAGAGAAAAAGGAACUUUGUCGAAACUGAAAGACAAAAUGGUGAUCACAAAAUAAAUAUAAAACAGGGUGGAUGUGUAUUUUGUUAGAAUGCUGAAUGUUACGUAAUGUGGAAUGAUAUGUGAAGAUUUGUCGGAAAAGCUAAAUGUUACC